UUUAAGGCUAUAAGUUCUGGCUCAUAAAGAACAUAUGUUCCCUGGAUCAUCCAUGAACAUUUGAGAUAUAGAAAGACAAUGAACUAGAAUGCAGGUUUUUAGUCAUGAAAAUGGACACAUUCCACUUACACAUUUCCUGCCCAAUGAAAAUGAUUGUGAAGUUGUUUGCUACUUGUAAAUGAGGGCUUGUGGUGUACUGUACUCUUCUCCCUGGGAGACACUGAUAACAGGAAGAAUGAUGUCAUACACAGUAUGACGCUUUCACCUCCGCUGUUUUGGUGACACAAAAUAGGCUAACUGUGAAGUAUGACUAAAUUUGUACAUACUUUAGUGUGCAAUUUCACGCGUUGCGAAUGUUACAAAUAUAUGUUGUUAUAGUUUUCGGUUUAUAUUAGCUGACUUAAUGAAUACUGCCACCUUUUGAAGAAAAUACGCCAUUGCUCAUUUAGAACAGUGUUUUUACACAAAGCAAAUUAACGUAGUGCUAAAGUAGCAUAUAUGUUGAUUUUCAUUCAACUCGAAUUUCCAACUUUCUAUUAAUGUAAUAGAUGGUAACCUUGUCGCAGGCGCACUGUUAAUGGUAACCAUAGAAGAUGGGCACUGUCAAUCGUAAACAAAAUAAGUUAAAGUUACCACGUGAUAAUAAAUGUGUUCGUGUAAAAUACGGUAAAUGAACUACUCUGUUGAUAAUUUCGCAUCUGCAGAACAUACGUCACUUUGUUGUCGUGUUUGUUCGUAAAUGAAUCUUUAAAACGAACGAAUCUCUACUGACUCGUUCCUCGUGAAAGAGCCUUUCAUUGGUUAGACUUUACCGAACGAACUCGCCAACUUCACUGAACGUGUCUGGCUUUUAGACGAAUCGUUCAUUUAAAAGAUUCAUUCACAGAUUUGGAGUGGCACUGGCAUGUUUGUUUGCAGUAUAUGCAAAAAUAUGCAUAUGCAGUAUAUCUUUUUGUAGUAUAUUAUUUCGUGAAUUAUGGUCUAUUUCCCUGUUGAUCGAGAAGGGGACUUUCGUCAUGUGAGUCAAUCUUGAUCACAACAAGCAGAGAAAGGAACACCGCAAGCAAAACAACAAGGGUUUUAAGUGGUUCUCGUCAUCUGAUGUGGAUAGUUUGAUUGGUUUAUGGCUCAGAUUAUUGCUCUCUCACGUUUUCUUCACCUGCAGCACCCACUGCGGGUGAGCUUAGCAUCAUUGUGCUCUCGCAGUAUGUCGUCAUUAGACACUCGUGCCCGGGCUGUGUUUUCUGCAGCGGUUGAAGGUGUGCAGCCGGACAUAGUGGUCCACAUGAGUCUGGAGCGACAUGGAGACAAACUACUUGUAGGUGGACAGAGUUUCACACUUACAAAUAACCUUUAUCUGGUGGGCUUUGGAAAGGCUGUGCUGGGGAUGGCAGCAGAAGUGGAGAGGAUUGUAGGAGACCAUCUAAUUAAAGGGGUGAUCAGUGUGCCUCAUGGUAUCCAGAAAACACUACACAAUCAUGGAAAAGAGAAUAUGCUCCUUGAGAAUAACAGCAGAAUUACAGUGAUGGAAGGAGCAAAGAACAAUUUACCGGACGCAGAUGCCCAGAAGUCAGCAGAGUGUAUUCGAGAACUGGCCAGUGGUCUGACUGAGAAAGAUCUGCUGCUCGUGCUUAUCUCUGGUGGUGGUUCUGCUCUUUUACCUGCUCCAGCCCCACCCAUGUCCUUGCAGGAGAAACAGGAUGUGACACGAAAACUCGCAGCAGCAGGGGCCACUAUUCAGGAGUUAAAUACAGUAAGGCGAGCCCUGUCAUUGUUGAAGGGUGGAAGUCUUGCCCAAUGUGCCAAACCAGCCCAGGUAGUGGCAUUGAUUCUGUCAGAUGUUAUUGGAGAUCCUCUGGAUUUGAUAGCCAGCGGUCCAACAGUCAGGAGUGACUUCAAGCCAGAGGAGGUCUGGGCUAUCUUGGAUCGUUAUAAGCUCUCUUACUCUCUUCCUUCCUCUAUGAAUGAGGUGCUUAGUAAAGCUAGACCCCAUUAUGGGUCGCAGGUGCAAGAACAGCCAGAAGAAGUCCAAGACCAUGUUUUAAACGUUGUAAUUGGCUCAAACACUAUUGCUCUUGAAUGUGCCAGCCGUAAGGCUGUUGAAUUAGGACUUCGACCCAUCAUUCUGUCUCCAGGGGUAUGUGGUGACGUUCACUCUGUUGCACGACUAUACGGGCUGCUCUCUCGUUUUGCGUGUUUCCCAGAAAAGGAAACCCCUCCAGAACUUGCUGCAGAGAUCCUUCAGCUUGGACCAGAGGUUGGGGUAGAAAGCUGGGACUUGUGUCGCACCAUAAACAUGCUCGUAGAGGAGAGGAAGGAAGACUGGGGUGUGACUUGUCUUCUGGCUGGAGGGGAACCCACUGUGCAACUGACAGGAAAGGGCAGGGGAGGGAGGAACCAGGAGUUGGCUCUGCGGGUGGGGCUUGAGCUCAGUAGUGAUGAAGUAAAGAGUGGUGCGGUGUUCCUCAGUGGAGGAACCGAUGGACAGGAUGGCCCAACUGAGGCAGCUGGUGCCCUCACUGACGGGGAAUUGAUGAAAGAGGCCAUGUCUCAAGGUUUGGACAUCGAUGGCUUUCUCACCAAUAAUGAUUCAUUCACAUUUUUCUCACAGCUCUCUGAAGGACAAUGGUUACUCAAGCCUGGACUGACAGGAACCAAUGUGAUGGAUGUGCAUGCUAUGCUACUGCCACCAUCACCCCAAAGAGACUUCCAAUGAUUUGACUCCAGGUUGUUUUGUGUUUGGAAGCAACAAAAUUAUGGAGGGAUAUAUAUAUAUAUAUAUAUAUAUAUAUACUUGAACCAAAGUAAGGUGCUUUUCAAUGUGUAUUGUUAUACACUGACUGAAAUACAAUUUACUUAUGAAAUAAAUAACAGAAAACUAAUACACAAUCAGAUAAUGGUAUUUAUUUGCACUGCAAAAAGACAGCAGUAACCUCUUGGACUGAAAGCAUGGUAGAGGCACACUUGAUGUCUUAUCUCUGUACAGUCAAGUCUAUUUUCUUACAACACUGAAAUUAAAUGUUGGAUUUCUACAUACAGACCAGAUGACUUUGUGAACAUUUGGGACCUUCAUUCUGAGUAGUAUUCCUGUCAGUUUUUGGUCAAAUGAUACUGUGUGAGAAUGGUUAAAGUUUUGCUAUCUACUAGCUUCCAAUACAAUCCAAAUAAAUUAAAG